AUGUAAUCGUUGGAAAAAAUUGAUGAAGACCCCAUUAAAAAUAGAAAAACUACCACAACAUAAGGGUAUUAUGAAGAUAUCGGAAAUUCAGAAACAGUAAAAUAUAAGUUUGGAUGGAUUAAAAUCUGA